AGCCAGCAAACACACGCAUCACAAGAUUCUACACUUAUCAAUGAGACAACAGUUGUAUAUCCUUCACAUACAUCUAUGAAAUGCAUGCAUAUUUUGCAACCUGUGAGCAAACCACCCAAAACUACAAAAAGAGUUGCACCACUAAAUGCUAAAAAAGGCUCUGCAUCAACGAGCAGAGUGGGUGUAUCUAUAUAUGUAUAUAUCCAGAUUAGUUCCUUAAUUUAUCAACAAGAAGAGCCAUUUCAUUCUGGGUCUUGAUCCAACGUUGUCCACUCUGUUCUGUCCCUUCAAUCGCACCGCCCUGGCUCGCCAGUUCCAAUUUGAGAAGCUGAGUUUUGGUAGAGCCGGCUUGUAUGGAGACUAAUGGUCAUAGAAGGGGUAGCAAAAAGAACGUUGUUUCUAUCCAAAAUGGUCACUUGAACAUAUCAAGUUGUGUCGAUGAAUUGGAUCCGUGGACAGCUUGGGCAUACAAACCGCAUACAAUCACAUUGCUAUUUAUCGGCGCAUGUUUUCUCAUUUGGGCCAGUGGAGCUCUUGAUCCAGAAAGCACCUCAAUUAGUGAUCGUUCUGUUUCUGUGAAAAGGGGAGUAUGGGCAAUGGUUGCAGUAUAUCUGGCUUACUCUUUACUACAAGCCCCUUCAACGGUUCUUACAAGACCCCAUCCUGCCAUCUGGCGCCUUGUUCAUGGAAUGGCUGUCAUAUACCUCGUUUUAUUGACAUUUUUUCUUUUUCAGAAGCGUGAUGAUGCUCGCCAGUUCUUGAAAUAUCUACAUCCUGAUCUUGGUUUUGAACUUCCCGAAAGAUCAUAUGGCGUCGAUUGCAGAAUCUACAUACCUGAAAGUAGAACCAACAAGUUCAAGAAUGUUUAUGAUACCUUGUUUGAUGAGUUUGUUGUAGCUCAUAUUCUUGGGUGGUGGGGAAAAGCCAUAAUGAUUAGAAACCAGCCCCUAUUAUGGGUCCUAUCAAUUGGCUUUGAGUUGAUGGAGCUUACCUUCCGCCAUAUGCUACCGAAUUUCAACGAGUGUUGGUGGGAUAGCAUUGUUCUUGACAUAUUCAUCUGCAACUGGUUUGGUAUAUGGGCAGGGAUGCGAACCGUUAGGUAUUUUGAUGGAAAAACAUACCAGUGGGUUGGUAUAAGCCAACAACCAAACAUUAUAGGCAAAGUGAAACGGACACUUGGGCAAUUCACGCCGGCAUGUUGGGAUAAAGAUGAAUGGCAUCCACUCCUUGGUCCUUGGCGGUUUCUUCAAGUCUUGAGUCUAUGUGUUGGGUUCUUGACGGUCGAAUUGAAUACGUUCUUCCUUAAGUUUUGCCUUUGGAUACCUCCAAGAAACCCUCUCAUCAUAUACAGAUUAAUCUUGUGGUGGCUAAUCGCAAUACCGACCAUUCGCGAGUACAAUUCUUACCUACAGGACAGAAAGCCGGUGAAAAAGGUGGGAUCAUUUUGUUGGUUGUCACUUGCUAUUUGUAUUGUUGAACUCCUGAUGUGCAUAAAGUUUGGGCACGGAUUGUUCCCGGAGCCGAUGCCCAAGUGGUUAGUAGUGUUCUGGACAUCCGUUGGGGUUGGCCUUGUCACAUUCUUAGUUGUUUGGUCAUGGCAAUUGAUGACGAGAAAACGACGAUGAUUUUGUUUUGGAGUAUGAUCCUUUAUUCUUUGAUUCUUUUCCCCUGUUUUUUAGAUUCUGUGUAUAGUAAAUGAAGUUUUGCUGUGAUGUAAAUGGGUUGUAAUUUGUGGUUGGAGGAUACUAGAGGGGGUUUAAGGAUUGAAUGUUUUUAGAAAGAAUUAGUCUUUUAUGUUUUGUUGUCUUCUGAGAUGUAAUUCAAAAAUUAUAUUGUUCUGAAGGCAUAAUAUUGGUACUUUGGAUUCAAAGAUCCAUAAUUGACAAUGUUUAAUUUUCAGACACGAAAUGAUUUAAAUCAAAAUGAAAAAUUGAACUUUCC